AUGAAUUGGCGUCUAGGUUCCUUCCUACUAUGUCUGGGCUACGCUGGAUCGGUGUGGGCCAGCGGUCUUGUAGCUGUCAUAGACUCUUCGCAGAUUGAUCCUUGUGCCGCUAUCGCGAACAAGACAUGGGUCUCGCCUCAAGAUGCUCGUGCAUGCUUCAGUUCUUUUCCAGUGGUUCCCGAUAUCAAGGCUAAUAUCGUGGACGUGCUCAACAAGUCCCUCGCAUUCCAUACUUCAGUGAAUUACCAGCGUCAGGCACCAAUUCCGUUCGAAGACAUUCAUGAGGACGUACAUGCAGACUUGGCGCGGGUAUCAUCACAGGACCAUUCCUCAGACUUCGAUUUGCACGUCGACCUAGUACAGGCCCUCAAGAGACUCGUAGACGGGCACUGCUUCUACAUGAACCUGUGUUAUGACUCCUUAUAUACAACGUAUCUACCGAUCCCAUUGGUCCUUUUGACAGAUGAACUGGACGUGCAACAUGUCCACAUAGCACCGGAAGCCUUCAAAGUCUCCUCUGGCGAGUUUGGCGAAGAGCUGGACUUUUGGCAGGAUGCACUUCCCGAAGACCUGAGAGGAAAGCUCGAGUUACUGUCAGGUGCAGAAGUACUAUCCAUUGAUGGUGACGCGCCAUUCGUUGCCGUGAACGGGAGCGCUGUCCAGACUGGGCGGAUGCAGGCGUUUGGUACACGUCAAAACAUGUUCUUUGCAAGCUAUGGCCGGACUGAGUCUGGCUGGGUGUAUUACUUCGGGGACUUCGCCGCCCAAAGUCUGCCUCUGAGGGACUUGGUAACCUUGACGCUGCAGAUGCAGAACGGCAGUGAUGUGGCAUUCGCGAACCUUCCGUACCGCUCCCGUCUAUCGUCAGCCGUAGAGCCGUGGACAAACGCAUCGACUUUCUGGGCAAACAACUGCCUGGCCACAAACUCCACUAACGGCGUCAACCUCUAUGCGCAGCCUAACAUUAUCGUGGAGUCCGGCGAACGACAGCAACAGCCCUUCACCAACCCAGCGCUCGCCAGGUCAACACGGCGAAAGCAUCACAAGAACGAGUUGGUUGAUGCAUCGCUGGCCCUGAACAUCGAAUUGCCAUCCGAGAUGGCACCCUCGUCUCCGCUCAAAGGCAGUUCAGGCGUUUCGCAGUUCUACAUGCUGAAUGCUACUGUGACGGACACGCCGACGGGCGUGUUGAUGCUGGGCAGCUUCUCAGCGAGCUCAUUCGACGACCUUCAGUCGAGUCUUUUGAUCGGGUUGCAGAACUUGAAGGAGAAGGGUGCUGAGCAGUUGAUCGUCGAUGUGGCACAGACUUGGACAGGAUACAUCUGCAUUGCCCAUUGGCUUCACCGUAUCAUCGCGGGUCCCAAGGACACGACUAUCCCGCAAGCAGGUCUUCAGACUCAGACACGAGCCUCGCCAUUGGCCCAGCUCAUCGUAAAGAAUAUCGCUAGUGGAGCCGACCCUGAGAACCUGCUCCUGUACAACCCGCUGAACUGGGAAUACGCAAACAACACGCCCUUCCCUGGCACUGAGAAUUGGCUGCAGCCGCCUGUCAAAAAGACGGUCAAUGGCGUGGAGGAUACGUUCAGCCAGAGGCUGGGAGACGAGUGUCAGCCAUUCGAGAUGGACCCUCCGGCAGAGCCAUUAUUUGACGCGAAGAAAGUCGUGAUCAUCAGUAACGGACGGUGUGCCAGCUCAUGCUCGCUGUUCAGUAUUACCAUGGCCAAGGGAGAGGGAGCCACGACUGUGGUGGUCGGCGGCAAAGAUGAUAUCCCACAGCAGUAUUGCGGCGUCGUCGGUGGCCAAUCAAUCCGCUUCCCUAACAUCGAUACCGAGAUUAAGACUGCUGGAUUGAAGAAUCACACCCUCGCGCCUCCAGACUUCAUCACAAACAGCCUGCAUGGCAUUACAUGGAGGCUUGGGUUCGGUAUUGACGAUCCUCGGAGCCGGAGGGUAAAAUGGCAAGACCAUCCUGCCGAUGUCAACUUCCCGCUGACUGCGGACAUCGUGAACAAGCCAACCGCUAUCUGGGAAGAGAUCGCAAAGACGCUCUUGUGA